CGUGUAUUCAAGUUGGCUAAAUCAUGGCCGGCUAUGCGUAAAUUAUUAUCAGCAUUGGGUAAAAGUUCGUCAGCAAUCAUGUAUAUCGGCUUAAUGGUUCUGAUUUAUAUCUACAUAUUCGCUGUCUUGGGCGUAAAACUAUUUGAACCAGGCUAUAAAAAAACAUUUGGCAAAAAUCAGCCUAGAUUUAAUUUUGAUGGCUUCUUUAAUUCAUGCUUAGUUAUUUUUCGCAUUAUAUGUGGUGAAUGGUCGGGUCCUGUUAACGAUGCUAUAAAAGCCACUGGUUCAUAUGUAUCUAUCGUAUUUUUUCUUUCCGCGUAUAUUAUUGGCAAUUUAUUGGUUUUAAAUUUAUUUUUAGCUAUGUUACUUAGCUCAUUGGAGAACGCAUCGAUUGAAGAGGAUAGCAUCAAUAAU